CGUCACCGCUGCUGUUUUGUAGUUGACCCCUGACGGGAAAUGCUGAAAUAGCUCCAUGCCUGGGCUCUGUGUGCACUUCCUGUCAUUGUGCUUCUUCACUGACUAUAGUCAGAUUCAGGUUUACAGAAAAUGUACAAUGGCCUGUCAAUAAGCCUCGUAAACAUUCCAACAUGGACACAGGGGCAAAUUCCACAUCACAUUCUUCCUGUGGCUCCGUGUGCACAAUGCUACAAGUUGGUUAGGGGGUCUUUAGUCCUGGACCGAUAGAGAAAGAAUGUCUCCCCUCCAACACACAGCAGCGCAUUCGAUCCCACCUCACACUUUGACCCGGCUCGCAAGAGAGUGGCUGGCAGAGGACACACCAAACUUUGAUCCUGCAGGGGUGUGCGUGGGGUCACAGGAAGUGGAGGCGAAGCUGCUGUGCAAGACACCGCACAGCAUCCUGGCGGGGAGCCCCUUCUUCACAGCUGUGUUCACUGAGGUCGGCUGCACUGUGGACUGGAUUUACCAGGAGGGAGCUGAGAUUGGUCCAGAUGCUGUCACGUUGACUGCUUUGGUGAGAGGCCCAGCAAGGUGUCUCCUCCUCGGGGAGAGGCCGGCUCUCAACUGCCUGGCCCGGGCCUCUGGGAUCGCCGCUCGCUGUUCUCAGCUCAAGGCUAUGGCAACAGCGGGAGGAUGGCACGGAGAAGUGGCUGGCACACGCAAGACCACCCCGGGCUUCCGUCUGGCUGAGAAGUACGCCAUGCUGGUUGGCGGCGUGUCCAUGCACAGACAGGACCUGAGCGGAAUGGUGAUGCUGAAGGACAACCAUGUCUGGGCGUCAGGGAGUAUCACAGAGGCUGUGAGAUCUGCCCGGUCAGUUUGCGCUUUCAGCAGUAAGAUUGAGGUGGAGUGCCGCUCUGCAGAGGAGGGCAGAGAGGCUGCUGGAGCAGGAGCAGACAUUGUUAUGCUGGACAACUUUCAACCUCAGGAGCUCCAUGUUGCGGCUUGUUCCCUGAAGGUGGAGUUCCCGACUCUACUAAUAGAAGCCAGUGGAGGAAUUACACCAGAGAACUUAGCGUUGUAUUUCUCCCCACAUGUGGACGUCAUCUCUCUGGGCUGCAUAACACAGGGCUGUCCAGUUGUGGACUUUUCUCUCAAGAUUCAAAAGCCUGACGCUCAGUAAAAGCCUCUGCACCUCAAACAGGACUUACCCAGUCCCCAUGCUGAACGAAUGAGAAACUGUUGUGAGAUUUUGUUCUGAUGAGUAUAAGAGGGGAUUUUAGUUUGUUGAUUUAUUUUGUAGUGAGUGAUCUAUAGUUGCAAAAGAUUAAGAAAUAAUCAACAUCCUUCUCAUUGUGUCACCAGUCAUUUGAUGAGGAUCAAAAGAGAACAGAAACUAGACCAGACGUGAUCUUCUGCCAGCGCCAUGCGGACAAUAUCAUGUAGUUAAAAAAAAAACAAAAUAUGCAACAAUGAAAAACAUUCACAAGCUCAAACUGGCCAAGUGAUUCCAGAGACUUAGAGAAUAAAGAGAAAAUUCAGAUUUAGCCAACCUAUGAUAUGCCCCAGUACAUACUGUAGGUUUGCUUCACCCAAACACUUCAACAAGUGGUGUCAAGCCAUGCAGAUAGUUUUGUUACAUUUUUCUUAUUUACAGUCCACCCUAACAUAAUUACUGCUUAUGCCUUUGUACCUUUAUUCAAGUAAAAUUCUGAAUGCAGGAGUUUCGUAUGUAAUGGAGUAGACUACAACAUGUCAGAUAACUGCAUUGAGCAAUAAGUGCAACAUUUCCCUGUAGUGAACUGUAGUGGAGUAGAAUGUGGUGUGAAAAGUAAAGAUUCAAGAAAGUA